CCGGUCAUACCCAAACCGCCGUCGAUCUCAAGUGCAAUACUUGUCACUAUAUCAUUCCUCGAGGCACCAACAUGCCCUUUAGGUGUUAUUGGAGAUCCUAUAUCCCCGGUUGCCCUGAUCCACGUUUUAAGCGUCACAUGAACUGCAGCAAUUGUUCUGCUGAGAUUGUAAUUGAUCUUGUGGAUGGAAAGUACGUAGCUGUUAUGGGUGCAUCUCAGCAGGAAGAUGAUUCUGAAGCAAUCUGUGUCACUCGGGGACGUCUCAGUAAUUUUUAUAAAAUUAGUAGGGUGAUUCUGAAGCAAUUUGAGUCUCUCCGGGAUACCUCAGUCAGUUUUACCAAUCAAGAUCUGUGUAGGAUGAUUCUGAAGCUAUUUGAGUCUCUCGGGGAUACCUCAUGCAGUUCUACCAAUCCAGAUCGGUGGAGGAUGAUUCUGAAGCAAAUUGAGUCUCUCGGGGAUACCUCAGUCAGUUCUACCAGUCAUGAUCUGUGUAGGAUGAUUCUGAAGCAAUUUGAGUCCGUCGGGGAUACCUCAGUCAGUUCUACCAAUCAAGAUCUGUGUAGGUUGAUUCUGAAGCAAUUUGAGUCCCUCGGGGAUACAUCAGUCAGUUCUACCAAUCAAGAUCUGUGUAGGAUGAUCCUGAAGCAGUUUGAAUCCCUCGGGGAUACCUCAGUCAGUUCUGCCAAUCAAGUCAUUUUGCAGGAGAAAAAGUUUGGCAUUGAAGCACACUACUCAGACAUAUAGGCUACAACUGUGUUAAAUCACCUGCUUUAGAUGAAAGGGCGCCCCCCUGAAUCAACGAUGACGAAUCUUUGUAAUUCAAAGGGAGUUCUGUUUCAAUUCAACCUGCAGUGAUUAACUCGUAUCUGAUUGUACAUAUCGGAAAGAGAAGAGGAAGCCAGAGUUGGUGAGCUGAAGAGGGAGUAGUAUAUCAAGGUCAAGCAUUUGUCUUUGGUUCUUGAUGUAGGGGUUCAAGUUUACUCCAUUGAAUCUUCCUUUAUUUUGCACUAGGUAAUGUAUAUUGACAGUAAUAUUGUUGGGUUAUACGAUGUUAGGUUAGGUUUAUCUGUUGGAUUUUAUAUAUGAUGUUUGUGAUCUACAGAUUACCUUUGUUCAGUCUUAAUUAGAAAUUUGUGUAUCAGUGGAUAACAAUGAAAACAUGGAACAUAUAAUGAUAACAAUGAAAUUUGACAA